CCAACUCAGAUCAUCACAUGGCUCAUCAUCUGAUUCUCUUUAUUAUUUUACUUUACAUAGCAGUUACCGUGAGCAUUACAACACUAUACCAUGUUAGUGUAAGAGAAGGAGGAACAGUUACUAUCCCAUGUCUAUAUGACAGUCGCUAUAAACUCAACCCAAAAUAUUGGUGUACUGGGACAUUUUGGAGCCUGUGCACUAUAACGGCACAUACAGGACAUACAGACAAAACAGGAAAAUGGCUGAUAACAGACGACCUAUCCAAAAACAUUUUUACAGUUCAACUCAAUAAUCUGACAACCUUUGACUCUGGAUUUCACUGGUGUGGUGUGGGCAUUAAAGACAGCCUAGAUGAGAAAGCAAAGUUGUUUAUAACUGUUCAAACAGCUCCUGAUGUCUCUGUGAUGUCCAGCAGUGUAACUGUAGAUGAAGGUGGUAAUAUCAGUGUACAGUGUCUCUACACUUCUACAUAUGAGAAUAAACACAAACAGUGGUGCAGAUUUAAAGACAAGAAAUGUGACACAGUGGGAAAAUCUGGCACAUCCCAGUAUUCAGUUGAGAUCAGUGAUGAUGGGAGAGGAUCUUUGACUGUGGUGAUGUCUGGACUGAUGAAGAGUGAUUCUGGCUGGUAUUACUGCUCUGUAGGAGAUCUACAGGCUCCUGUUCAACUCAUUGUUCAAUUGAACAGUACAUCUCAGAAAGAUUUAAGGUUGGAUAAUGUUGCUGCUCCCAUUAUCAGCUCUGAAUGCAAAAACCACCCAAUCAUUAUAAAUAAUACAGAAGACAAUACGUGUCCAUCGACUGACCACCGCAAUGGGAUUUUACAGUUUCUCUGGAUAACUGGUCUACUAAUGCUGCUACUGGUGGUGGCUUUGUUAACCUGGUGGAUUAAACGAAAACAAAAUGGGGAUACGCCAGAUCCCAGUUCUGUGGCAGAGAGAUCUGUCUGGUACGGUACUGUUGUCUUCAAGAAAGCAAACAACGGCUCUAUUGUAAGCUUACAAGAACCACAUCCCAGUUCUGUGGAAGAAAGAUCUGUCUGGUACAGUACUAUAGUCUUCAAGAAAGCAAAAGAAGAUGAAGAUGACGACGUCUUUAUUGGCUGUUCUACUGAAAAGGGUGAUGAAGUGAUCUACAGUGCAGUAAAAUAUCUUAAAUAACAGGAGAAACAACUGACAAAAGCUCUCACCUGUGACUCUCAGCACCUGCAGGCUCACAAGGGGUUUGAGUGAAGCAGGACUCAGAGUCCUUAGGUUGUUUCUGCUGAGGUCCAGAAGAGCCAGAGACGACAGACCCACA